AUGUACGUUUGGUUUUCCAGUGAAAGCGGCAAUGCGCCGGCUAGGUUAGAGUUGGCGGUAUGUGAAAUUUGCCCACCGGUAUUCGAAAUUACAAUUGAUCAACGUCACCACGGAGCGAUAAUUGGAUUCAAUGGUGAAAAAGUUCGAGAACUUCAGAAAAUAUUUAAUGUUAAAAUUUUAUUCCCCAGUCCAGUUGAGGCUAGAAAUAAUUUAGUUAAAAUACAAGGUUUAAACGAUGAUGUAAGUAAAGCAUUUAAAUCAUUAGCUGAAUUGGCCGAAGUAUUGGAUGAAAUCAACUAUGUGUUGGAAAUUCCUAUUUUUAAACAAUUUCUCAAACUUAGUGCUGGAAAGAGAGCAAUAUUUAUUAAAAAAAUUAGAGAAGAGACUGAUACGAGAAUUUUUUUUCCACGUGAAGGAGACAAUAAGGAUGUUAUUAAAGUCAUGGGAAAUAAAAGAAAAGUUUUAAUCGCUUAUGAUAUGAUUAAAGAAAUACAAAAUGAAAUUGGAAAUAUAAUAACAAAGGAAAUGGUGUUGGGAAAUGUUAAAGUUAGAAAUGUCAUUGUAAAUCUUGGGAAUAAAUUCAUUCAAUCUAUAAAAGAAGAUUGUGGGGAUAAUGUGACAUUGAAUUUACCAACUGUUAAAGGAGAUAAUACUAUAGUUAUCAAAGGACCUGAAGAUGAUGUUAAAAAUGUUAUUACACAAAUUCAGACAAUGGUUGAUGAAUUUCAUAAAUAUGUGAUUGAUUUGAAAGUAAAUCCGAAGUUUCACAAAUAUUUAAUUGGAACAAAUGGAGUCAAUGUUAAAAAGAUCAGACAUUUAACGAAUACAAGAAUAAUUUUCCCGCCUGAAACUGAUUCCACUAAUGAAAAUAUAACUAUUGUUGGUAAAAAAGAAAAUGUUAAUAAAGCAAAAGCAAAAUUUGAAGUUAUGAUAAUCGAUAUUGGUAAUGUCAUCGAAGAACAUGUAGAAAUCAAUGAAAAAUAUCAUGGCACUUUAGUGGUCAAUCAAAAAGAAUGUUUACACAAAAGCUUGCGUUAA